CUCCGGCCGCCGCGGCCACUCCUCUUCCUCCACGGAGCCGGUAGUGGAAGGCGGCUGGUCCUCGGUCGCUCGCUGGAUCGCUCCGUCGGAGACUGGCGCUUGGUGAGCCGCCCUCGCGGCUGCCAUGGAGGUGGAGGCGAGGCCCGGGCCUCCACGACCGGCCUCGCCAUGAAACUCCGGCCCGCUAUGAGAGGAAUCGCCGCACCCCAGUCCAAAUUUUGGAAGCAGGUCACCACCCGCUCUGCACCAUGCAGUCCAACUCGAACGUUCGACACAGUGGCCUCAACAACGGCCACAACCACGGCCCCUCCUGCCAAGGCACUCACGCCACCAGGUCUCCAGGAGAAGAACCUUGCUCGCACGGAGGGGACGUUCACAUCCAGAUGAGCUCAGCUGUUGGGGAGCCAGAGGCAAAUGCCGGCUCCAGGCAACAUUCUCGGUUGGGGACUCACGGCCACCUGCCCGGUGAAGCCAGAAGCGGUCACUCGAGCGGUUCGGAGGAGCAAAGGGACAGUUCUCUCUCAGAAUUCAAAUACCUUCUCCAGUGGCUGCACAGGAGCAUCCCAUACAUCUUGAUUUUGUCCCUCAAAAUUCUCGCGCAACAUAUCAUCGGUAGCGUAUCAACCUAUUGGGUGUUUUGGAAACAGCAGGGCAUUUCUCUGGGAAUGGGACUGCUCACAACUUUUAUGUAUGCAAACAAAGCCAUUGUAAAUCAGGUUUUCCUCAGAGAAAGGUGCUCCAGGCUACGGUGUGUGUGGCUGCUGCUGUUCCUGGCGGGAUCAGCUAUUCUCAUUUAUUACACCUUCUACUCUCAAUCCCUUCAUUACAGCUUGAUCCUCUUAAGUCCGUUGGUGGAUUCUUUGAACUUCUGGAAUGUGCUCUGGAUCGUAGGAAUCACAGACUUUGUUCUGAAGUUUCUCUUCAUGAGCUGCAAAUGCAUCGUUCUCCUGCUGCCUUGUUUUAUCAUGUCUCUUAAAUCCAAGGGUUACUGGUAUAUGCUGUUGGAAGAGCUUUGCCAGUGCUACUGUAAAGUGGUUCCUGCACCUGUUUGGUUUCGAUACUUCGUUGGCUUAAGAGAAUCCGAUGGCACCAUAGGGUGGAGUUUUGGCAUCCUGUUGGCUUUGCUGUAUCUUAUCCUAAAGCUUUUGAGUUUGUUUGCCCAUCUGAAAAACUUCAAAAGGGUCUUACGGAUAUUUUUUACAAGACCAAGCUACGGAGUGGUGGCCAGCAAGAGACAACGUGCUGACGCAGAUGACCUGUGUGCUAUUUGUCAAGCUGAGUUUCAGAAGCCGGUUGUCCUUCUCUGCCAGCACAUAUUUUGUGACGAGUGCAUCGCCUUGUGGCUGAACCGAGAGAAGACGUGUCCCCUGUGUCGAACGGUCCUUUCCACGCACGUCAACAAGUGGUACGAUGGCGCAACCUCUGCACAAUUACAAGUCUAUUAAACAAACUAAAAAAGUGGCUGUGUGCUUCACAGUAUGGACUCAUUUGAAUGCCAAGUGUGCACGUGUUAAAAGAGGAUAUGACUGGAUGGAGAGAGGGAUACAGAAGGAAAAUAAUGCCUUGGGUUUCUCCACUGACUAUAUUUGAAUUCGUUCAGACACCGAGCAUAUAUACUUAAUUUUCCAUAUGGAAUUAAUCCUUUCAAUGCUGCUUCUGGGAAAUUCUCAAACUUCUCUUUGAGUAUCAAAUGAUUAUUUUUACAGUCACUAGCCUACCGAAUCAGCAACGGGAUACCUUUCUUGCAUCCAGUGUCAACGUCUGGUGCAUGCAAUCUUUAGAUUCGGCGCUAGAAAAUCCACCUUUUCAGAUUUGCACGUGUUUGGUUCCCUUGGGGAUUCUCUAACCGUUGGACCUGGCCAUCACAGGGCGAGAAUCAUGGAAUCAUUUCUGCUUUCCAUGUCCAUAAAGCUCAGAGUUUAGUUAUGCAAACAUGGGUGAAGUUUUCUACAUUUUGUAAGUCUGAAUUUUAAAGAACAAAGGUUUUGGCCUAUAUUUUGUCAUAAGCAGCUAGAUUUUUAUUAAAGAGGAAAGCUGUAUUUUAGUGAUUCUUUAAAAAAAAUGUAGCGUAUAGUUGACAAAAAUAAAUGCAGUUUGAAUCUUG